UGCUGUCAAGCCAGACGAUCCGGCCAGAUGACCCGUGACCCUGUCGAGCCAGUACCUGAUGCCCGGGAUGCUGUCGUGCCAAUUGACUCAGAGCCCACUGUCGUGCCUGGUGACUCGGUGCCCACUACCUUUGCCAGAUGACACGGUGCCCGCUGUCAAGCCAAAUGACCUGAUGCUGGUGACCCGAUGCCCGCUGUCGAGCCAGACGAUCCAAUGUCUGAUCCAGUGCCCGCGGUCAUGCCAGAUGACGCAGUGCCCGCUGGCGAGCCAAAUGACCUGAUGCUGGUGACCUGAUGCCGCUGUCGUGCCUGAUGACCCGAUGCCUGCCGCCCCGCCUGGGGCCCUGUGCCUG